UGUAUAUACCACAUUACAUUAUAAUAUGGAAGUCAGUAUACAAAUUUUUAUUAAGAGGUUUCAUUGCUUAGAAAAAUGUCACAAAAUUAUAAACAAUCAGUAUAAAACUUUAUCGAAAUAUAUGAGUAACAGUGUAAUUAAAUCAAAAAUAUUGCACUACAUAUAAAUACAAAUUGAAAGCAAUAUUUAAGGAUUACGUUGAAAUUGACCGUACUUAUAGGUUAUUCUCUGUAAAGCUUAUUUCUCUCUCAAAAAUGACAACAUCAAAAGAAUUAAAUUUAGCCAGAAAAAGUCUUGUAGCCUCGCUUGGUGAAAAUGCAAAAGUGUAAGAUAUAUUUUAUUAGUUUAAAAAAAAGGUACUUUGAAAAGAUGAAACUGUGGUUUCAAAUGAAGACAACGAAAGAAGAAUUUGAUUGCGAAGCAAGAAAUAUCAUGACAGAAGAUCAAGUUCAUCUUCAUAAUGAAUUUCUUCUUUGUUUAUUUAAUAAAGUUAGAGGUUUAGCUGCUGCUACACCUACACGGAAAUUAGAUCGAGAUAAAGCUAUAAAAGAAAAAAGGCUAAGAUUAAAACGCAAAUAUAGAACUGAUAAAUCAAAUUUUGAGCCCGCAGAUAUGUAUGUUGAAGUAUUAAGUCAAACUUCAUCACCUGUUGGAGAUGAGCCUAUUGGAGCAAAUCGUUCUAGUGCUCAAGAACUUGUACUGCCAGAUAGAACUUUUGUUUUAGCAAGAUUAAUGCUUGCAGCAUGGGAAAAUAAUAUGGAUGGAGCAGAAGAAAGUACUGCACAUAUAGUUAUAGCAGCUACACAGAUUUUUUUAAAAAAUAUACUUACAGCAAUAUUUACAAGAAGAAAAGGGUAUGCUGUUAGAGAUGGUUCAUUUAUUUAUAAUAUUGGAGAACCAGUACCUAGUUCAUGGAAAAGAAAUUCUACUCACAUAUUAAGAUCAUCGGACUACACUGCAACAGAAAUAAUAGAUCCUUAUGGUCAAGUGCCUAUGAUAAAACCAAAUAUUGAAGAAGCAGAGCAAGCUACAGCUUUUGCUUACGCAUGUUCUCCACAAACUAUUCCACCUUCGUUAAAACCUGUUAAUACAGCUGAUUUACAACAUACACUAAAGAUGUAUAAAAAUCUUGUUAGCAACCAUACAAUUUAUGCAACUAAUAUGGAACGAUUAUUUACAUAUGCAACACAUCUAACAUGGGAAGACCUUGAAGUUAAGAGAUUAUCAUGUCAUCAACCUAUUAUAGAUUAAUUUAUUUAAUAGCCUAGAUUAUUUUUUAAAACAAGUGUUUUAAAACAAAAUCGAAAUAAGUUACUUAUAUUAUUUAUGACAUUCUUUUAUAAGAUACACUUUGCUAAUAAAAUAAAUUGCAAAUUAA